UUGAUAAAACUGAAAUCGGUUGGAACGUUUUGUCACAGAUGAGAAUAUUGUAAAAAUAUCAACACGAUAUUCUUAAUUAUAAUCAGGAGCACAAGUCAACAUGUUGGUGUUAUUUGAAACUCCAGCAGGAUAUGCUAUUUUUAAGUUACUUGACGAAAAUAAAUUAGCAGAAGUAGAAAAUCUCUAUCAUGAUUUCGAAACACCCGAAGCAGCUAAUAAAAUAGUUAAGUUAAAGCAUUUUGAGAAAUUUGUGGAUACAACUGAAGCUCUUGCAGCUACAACAGCGGCAGUAGAAGGCAAACUAUGUAAAUCAUUAAAAAAGAUACUUAAAAAAUAUUGCAAUGAACUUCAAGAACAAUUAGCUGUAGCUGAUGCUAAAUUAGGUAAUGCUAUAAAGGAUAAACUUAGUUUGUCUUGUAUUAGCAAUACUGCCAUACAAGAAUUAAUGAGAUGUAUACGGAGUCAAAUAGAUAGUUUAUUGGCUGGUCUUCCUAAGAAAGAAAUGACAGCAAUGGCAUUAGGUCUAGCACAUAGUCUUUCUAGAUAUAAACUGAAAUUUUCACCUGAUAAAAUUGAUACUAUGAUAAUACAAGCUGUUUGCUUAUUAGAUGAUUUAGAUAAAGAAUUAAAUAACUAUGUUAUGCGUUGUCGUGAAUGGUAUGGCUGGCACUUUCCAGAACUUGGGAAGAUUGUUACAGAUAAUAUAGCAUUUGUAAAAAUAGUAAAAAUAAUUGGAACUAGAGAAAACACUAUAAAUUCAGAUUUAUCUGAUAUAUUGCCUGAAGAUGUAGAGGAAAAGGUAAAAGAAGCUGCUGAAAUAUCUAUGGGAACUGAAAUUUCUGAAGAUGAUAUUUUAAAUAUUCAACAUUUAUGUGAUCAAGUUAUUGAAAUCUCUCAAUACAGAUCACAAUUAUAUGAUUAUCUUAAAGCAAGAAUGAUGGCAAUGGCUCCAAAUUUAACUGUACUUGUUGGAGAAUUAGUAGGAGCUCGUUUGAUUUCACAUGCAGGAUCUUUAAUUAAUCUUGCUAAGCAUCCAGCAUCUACAGUACAAAUCCUUGGUGCAGAAAAAGCUCUCUUUAGAGCAUUGAAAACUAAAAAGGAUACUCCUAAAUAUGGUUUAAUUUAUCAUGCACAACUUGUUGGACAAUCUUCAACAAAAAAUAAGGGAAAAAUGUCUCGAAUGUUAGCAGCUAAAGCUUCUUUGGCCACUAGAAUAGAUGCAUUGGGAGAAGAUGGAAGCUUUGAUUUUGGUGCUGAACAUAAGGCAAAGUUAGAAUCACGUUUGAGGAUAUUAGAAGAAGGAAAUCUUCGUAGAAUUAGUGGAACAGGCAAAGCAAAAGCCAAAUUUGAAAAAUAUCAUACUAAGAGAGAAUAUAUGCAAUAUCCUACUGCUGCUGAUACAACUCUUCCAAGUGGAAAAAGGCGACAUUCUGAAAUUGAGGAUAAAAAGCCAUUAAUUGAAGAUAUUACAAAACUAGAUGAAGAAAUACAAAAGAAAAAGAAAAAGAAGGAAAUGAGUGAUGAUACAGAAGAUUCAAUAACUCAACAAAUUAUUCAACCAGAAGAGGAAACUACACCAAUACUGAAAAAGAAAAAAAAGAAAAUUAAAGUAGAGGAAACGGUAGGUGAUAAUACUGAAGGUAGCAUAAAGGUUGAGAAGGAAGAGAAAGCAGUUGAAAUAGGUUCUGAAGCAUCAGGUGAGCAAAUAAAGAAGAAAAAGAAAAAAAAAGAUAAACAGGAAUUAAAAAUUAAAGAAGAAUUUCAAGAAAUUGAAGAGACUGUGGUUCCAGAUGAAGAAAAUACUGAAAAAGUUAUAAGUGAAAAAAGAAAAAAAAAGAAAAAGAAAUCUCAAGAUGAAUGA